AUGGCAGCCUUCGGGGUCCCCUCUCUCUCCCUUCUCCCCUUCGUCCUCCUCGCCCUCGUCGCCGCGGUAGAGAGCGCCGGCGAUGAGCGCAGCACGUUCAUCGUCCACGUGCAGCCCCAGGCGAGCCACGUGCUCGGCACGGCCGACGACCGCAAGGCCUGGUACAACUCCUUCCUCCCCGAGAACGUCCGGCUCCUCCACGCCUACCACCACGUCGCGAGCGGCUUCGCCGUCCGGCUGACGCGGCGGGAGCUCGACAAGAUGUCCGCCAUGCCCGGGUUCGUCGCCGCGGUGCCCGACCGGGUUUACAAGCUGCACACCACGCACACGCCGCGGUUCCUCGGGCUGGACACGCGCCAGGGCGGCAGGAACUACUCGGCCGGUUCCGGCGAUGGUGUCAUCAUCGGGGUGCUCGACAGCGGCGUCACUCCCGACCACCCCUCCUUCAGCGGCGAUGGCAUGCCGGCGCCGCCAGCCAAGUGGAAGGGCAGGUGCGACUUCAACGGCCGCUCCGUGUGCAACAACAAGCUCAUCGGCGCCCGCGUUUUCGACACUGCCGUCAGUGCUGGGAACGGCACCACCUCUACCGGUGCGCCGCUGUCGCCGAUCGACGAGGAUGGGCACGGCACGCACACGUCGAGCACGGCGGCGGGAGCAGUCGUGCCAGGCGCUCAGGUGCUUGGCCAGGGCAGGGGCACCGCGUCCGGGAUAGCGCCCCGCGCGCACGUCGCAAUGUACAAGGUGUGCGGCCUGGAGGACUGCACCAGCGCCGACAUACUCGCCGGCAUCGACGCUGCCGUGGCUGACGGCUGCGACAUCAUCUCCAUGUCCCUCGGCGGGCCGUCGUUGCCGUACCCCGAGGACAGCAUCGCCGUCGGCACCUUCGCCGCUGCAGAGAAGGGAAUAUUCGUCAGCAUGUCAGCCGGCAACUCCGGCCCAAACUACACCACGCUGUCGAACGAGGCGCCCUGGAUGCUCACCGUCGCCGCGAGCACCAUGGACCGUUUGAUCAGAACCAGGGUGCGCCUUGGGAACGGUCUCUACUUUGAUGGCGAGUCCGUGAGCCAGCCAGACGCUGCGGCGACCGUCUUCUACCCGCUGGUCUACGCCGGCGCGAGCUCCACACCAGACGCUCAGUUUUGCGGCAACGGCUCGCUGGACGGCUUCGAUGUCAGGGGCAAGAUAGUGGUCUGUGAGCGCGGCAAUGACGUCGGUAGGGUUGACAAAGGCGCCGAGGUGUUAAGAGCCGGAGGCGUCGGCAUGAUUCUGGCCAACCAGGCCAUUGAUGGCUUCAGCACCAUCGCCGACGUGCAUGCCCUCCCAGCGUCGCAUGUCAGUUACCACGCCGGAGACGCAAUCAUAAACUACAUCAAGUCGAGGGCGAGACCGAUGGCGCAAAUCAUGUUCAGGGGAACGGUCCUCGGCACGUCGCCGGCCCCGGCUAUCACUUCCUUCUCCUCGCGCGGGCCAAGCAUGCAGAAUCCCGGCAUUCUGAAGCCCGACAUCACGGGCCCCGGCGUGAGCGUGCUCGCGGCGUGGCCAUUCCAGGUAGGUCCACCCUCGUUGGCCGCGAAGUACUCCGGGCCGACCUUCAACUUCGAGUCCGGAACGUCCAUGUCGGCGCCGCACCUCAGCGGUAUCGCCGCGUUGAUCAAGAGCAAGUACCCGGACUGGUCGCCGGCGGCGAUCAAGUCCGCCAUCAUGACAACCGCUGACAGCACCGACCGCUCUGGGAUGCCGAUAACCGACGAGAAGGGGACGGCGGCCGACCUCUUCGCCCUUGGUGCCGGACAUGUCGACCCGGACAAGGCCAUGAACCCCGGUCUGGUAUACGACAUCUCCCCGGCCGAUUACAUCGGCUUCCUCUGCGGCAUGUACACGGACAAGGAGGUCUCCGUGAUCGCGCGCCGUGCAGUGGACUGCUCGGCCGUCGAGGUGAUCCCGGACCGCCUGCUGAACUACCCGUCGAUCUCCGUCACGUUCCCCUCGUCGUGGAACCCGAUGGCUCCGAUGAUGGUUACACGCAAGGUGACGAACGUCGGAGAGGCGCCGGCGGUGUACUACCCCCAGUUCGACCUGCCGGAGAACUCUAUGAACGUCACCGUCAUGCCGAGCUCGCUGCGGUUCACUGAGGCGAACCAGGUGAAGGUUUUCAAGGUGACCGUGUGGCCGAGGACCAGCGGCGAUGCAGUGGUGGUUCAGGGAGGGCUCCGGUGGGUGUCGGACAAGCACACAGUGAGGAGCCCGCUCUCGGUUGCCUUCGCCGGAUACUAG